AUGAUGUUUCUUGGGUUUCUAUUCGGAGCUAUGUGCCUCGGACUGGUUUGCGGACAAUAUUCACAAUGUCAAAAACCAGUCGGAGAAGUUGGUGAAUAUUUACCAAUCAACAGUUGUCCACAUUUGAAAAAAAUAUUAGACAAGCCAAACAAGUCUGCCGAAGACAUAGCCUUGUUGAAGAAAUUGCACUGUGGCUUUGUGGGUAAUAUGCCCCAGGUAUGGUGCGCUAAACAGGGUGGAUCAGAAGCAGGAGCGUGCAUAACACCUGAUGGUAAACCUGGAACAUGUAUAAACGUAUACUCGUGUCCACAAAUCUCAAAUCUUCUCAAACCACCUGUGUCCGCACAAAAUAUGGCUUUCGUUAGGAAUUCUGCUUGCAGAGGCCCCCAUAAAUUCAACGUUUGCUGUGGAACAUCCCCCGCUAGCUCAGACGGCGAUUACCUUGAUUCAAGAACGCGGGAUGAGAACAAAGCGUGCCGACCUCAUAUGACUGCUUAUCCUCCUUCUCCCAGCACUGGUUGCUGUGGCUCUUCAGCUGAAGUCGGCAAUAAAAUCGUAGGAGCGGGUGGUGAAGCAACGGCAAUAGACCAAUAUCCGUGGACUGCACUGAUAGAGUAUGAGACUAAGCAGGAACUCCUUUUAUGUGGUGGUGUCUUAAUCAGUGGAAGAUAUGUCCUCACUGCUGCUCACUGUAUAGCUGGCGUGACACUGAAGAAUGGAACACCAAAAUUUAUACGUCUGGGAGAGUACAACAUAACCAACGAAGGUCGUGACUGCAAACUCUCAGAUGGAGGUGGGCAGGACUGUACUGAAGGUGUAACUAGAAUAGAAAUCGAAAGGACAAUUCCUCAUCCAGAAUACAAUCCCAUUAAAACAGCAAGAUGGAAUGAUAUUGGUUUGAUUAGGUUGAAGGAGGUUGCACCUUAUACAGAUUUUAUCCGGCCCGUCUGUUUACCAACGAAAGAUAUAACUUUAUCAAGAAAUAGGGAUGCUUUCUUUACUAUGUUCGUUACUGGAUGGGGUGCAACUGAAAACAAAAAAUUUAGUGACGUCAAACUUGAAGUGGAGGUGCCCUUUGUACCACUGGAACAAUGCCAACCAGCGUACAGCUCAGGCAUUCACCCAUCUCGAAAACUAUGGAAGGGGCAACUUUGUGCCGGUGGUAGAAACGGCACAGACUCUUGCAAAGGCGAUUCCGGAGGACCAUUGAUGUACGAAAACAAUAAACUAUUCGAACUGGCUGGGGUCGUCAGCUUCGGCAAAGAUCCAUGCGGAAUAAAAGGUGUACCAGGAGUCUACAGUAACAUUUACGAAUAUAGAGAUUGGAUUAGAAGUGUUAUCGUUCCUUAA